AUGAUGAUUUUAUGGAGAAUCAUUCCAAUAAUAGCAUUGCUAAUUAGAUUGACGGUAGCAAAGACUCACAAGUUCAAUUUGACAGCUUCUUGGGUGAAAGCAAAUCCAGAUGGUGUUUUUGAGAGAGAUGUCAUUGGACUUAACGGACAGUGGCCUCUACCAGUUCUAAGGGUGAAUCAAGGAGACAGGAUCGAACUGUUGUUGACGAAUGGUCUUGGCAAUGCGAAUACAUCUUUGCAUUUCCACGGCCUGUUCCAAAGAGGAUCUAGUUUUAUGGACGGACCAGAAAUGGUAACUCAAUGUCCCAUAUCCCCAGGCAACUCGUUUCUCUACAAUUUUACUGUGGAUCAGGUAGGGACGUAUUGGUAUCAUAGUCAUUCAGGUGCUCAAUAUGGAGAUGGACUUCGUGGAGCUAUCGUAGUUUCUAGGCCUGAUCUGGAGUACGAUUUCGAAGAGGUCAUAACCUUAAGUGACUGGUAUCAUGAAAAGUCGGAUAUCUUGCAUCAUAAGUUUUUAAAUAAGUAUAAUCCCACCGGUGCUGAACCCAUUCCACAAAACAUACUGAUGAAUGAUUCCCGUAAUAUUACAAUUUCCAUGCAUAGAAAUGCCUCACAUCACUUACGAUUCAUCAACAUGGGAUUGGAGGUCAGUCAGUACGUCUGGCUAGAGGGACAUAACAUGACAGUUGUGGAAGUUGAUGGAGUUUUUGUCGAACCGUAUGAGGCGCAGGUGUUGUAUAUUGCGGUUGGGCAGCGUAUUUCCGUAUUGGUUCGUGGUAUUGAAGAUAUAGAUGGCUCAGCAAGGAACUACAGAUUGAUGCAACGUUUGGAUGAGACAAUGCUGGAUGUAGUUCCAGACGAUCUUGCUCUUUUUGGAAUCAAUCACUUGGUCUAUAAUGAUGCAGCACCCUUGAUAACUGAAGAGUUUUUAACUGAUCUUGAACCUUUUGAUGAUUUUGAGUUGACCACAUUAGAUAGAACUCCUUUGUUGGAGGACUAUGAUUACCAAAUUCAGGUCACUAUGGAAAUGACAAACCUUGGAGAUGGUAUCAAUUAUGCUACCUUCAAUAACGUAACCUACGUGGCUCCGAAAGUGCCAACUUUGAUGACUGUUUUCUCUGCUGAUCCAGACAUUGUUACCAACGCUCAAAUAUACGGCUCGAACACUAAUACUUUUAUUUUACAAGAGAAUGAAAUCAUUGAACUAGUGGUAAACAAUUUUGAUGAUAACAAACAUCCGUUUCACCUGCAUGGACACCAGUUUCAGGUGGUGCGACGCUCAGAAGCUUAUGAAAAUCCAACGCCAUACAACGAAGGCUCACCGUCAUAUGAUGCAUUUCCUGAUUUUCCGAUGAGCAGAGACACUGUCAUAGUAAACACGAAUGGUCAUGUUGUCCUUCGUUUCAAAGCUAACAAUCCAGGUGUUUGGUUUUUCCAUUGCCAUUUAGACUGGCACCUGGAACAGGGGCUUGCAUUGGUCUUGGUAGAAGCCCCUCUAACUUUAUUGCAGACACAAAAAGAAAAAUUGCCGUCCAAUCAUAUCGAUUGUUGCAAGUCUGGAGAAGUUCCUUUCAGAGGCAAUGCAGCUGGGCGAUUUGGUACCCCAAGUGAAUGGCUCGAUCUCUCUGGUGAACUCCUCCAACCUCCCCCACUUCCUCCAGGGUUUACACUGAAGGGCUAUGUCGCUUUUAUUAUGUGCGUGGGGGCUGCACUGUAUGGCCUCUACUCCAUUUACGAAUAUGGUAUGGAGGAUGUUGUGGGGUUAACUAGCGAGACCGAGGUUCUGGAAAGUCUUUCAACUGCUCUUAGAAAAGAUCGCUUUUCUAAAUCACAUUAUGGUGCUGACUUACUUCAGGAAUUGACUGGCCAAAAUUGA